CAGAAGAGAAAACCUUGCGUCUAGCAGAGACCGUCGUGAUGAAGCACCUCCUGUUGCUGCUCCUGGUGGCUGUGGCCUACGCCAAAGUCUACGAUCGCUGUGAAUGGGCGAGAACGCUGAAAACCUACGGCAUGGAUGGUUAUCGUGGCGUCAGCCUGGCCGACUGGGUCUGCCUGACCGAGUACGAAUCCGGCUUCAAUACCGAGGCGAGCAGCCCUACCCAAAGUACCUACGGCAUCUUCCAGAUCAACAGCGCCGUCUGGUGCGACGACGGUCAGACCCAAACCACCAACAGUUGUGGGAUUAGCUGCAGCGACCUCGUGGCAGACGUGGGCGAUUCGAUCUGCUGUGCCAAACGCAUCGUCAGAGAUCCUCAAGGCCUCGAAGCAUGGAACAAAUGGACUACUAACUGCAAGGGGAGAGACUUAAAUGGCACGUUGGCCGGUUGCGGCGUCUGACCUGGAAGAGACAGAACAUCUGAAUAAAGGUUAAUCCGGCGGGUUAAAAUAAUUGUCUGUUCAGUCUGUAACUUUUAGAAGAUACAUCAAACGUAAAAAAACAAACAAACACACGCUUGAUCCAGGGGUUAGUAGAAACCUUCAACAUCCUCUUCUGGGUUUCUGGUCCCGCUCUCACCUUGGGCUCAACCUGCUGGGAUGUCCACUCCUGGGAAGGCUGGCGGCUGAGAUGUUCUCCUCUCAGGGACAAUCUUUCUCUCUGCAGGAUGAUGGACUUGGAGAUGACUUUUGAACCCUUCCCAGACCAUUGCUGAUGUCUUUCCAUCUUAGCGUUGUGUUAAUGCCCACCAAAAGAGCACAAACUCUCAAAUCUACCGCUUUCACUGACGAUUUGAACCAUCAGAAUCAGAAAUACUUUAAUAAUCCCAGAGGGAAAUUGUUGUUUCAGUACAGUCACCAUAACAACCAUCAGGGUGUACUUAGUUUUGUGCACGACUAAGUUGUAAAAACAAAUAAAUAAAAAAUAAAGAAAUCAAUGAUGAUUGCUUCUGUA